GCCUAUGUCAACAGAAACUCAACACUUUGCAAACAUUUUACACACCAGACUGGGUGGGGAGGGUCUGAGAUCAUAUGCAUUGUCAAAAAAAACAGGAAGUACUUUCCUACAGGUGACUUUGGCUGCGGCUGCGAAGGGCGAACUUCAAGCUAAAGUCUAAUUUCUCAGAGGCAGACCAACGCAGAAAGCAGCAACUCUCUCCACUAAAAUGUCUCCAAUCAAAGACCUGGCGCUCAUUUAUGAGGCUCCCAACGAAGCAGGAAUCUUUUCUGGCGGGGAAAUAGUUAUAGGAUCCGUUUCUUUCACUUUGACGAAAGAUACCAAAGUGAAGAGCUUUAAGGUAAAAGUCAAAGGUGAAGCGCGUGUGCACUGGACUGACAAUACAGGUGAUCAAAGAAGAUCCCACAAUGCGCACAGGAAAUAUUUCAAGGACAAGGAAUACUUAAUUGCAGAGAAUGCUAAAGACACUGAACUUUCCAAAGGUGUUCAUUCCUAUAAGUUCAAGCUCAAAAUCCCAGAAGGGGACUGGCCAUCAGCCUUCAGUGGGUUUCAUGGAAAGAUUGUAUACACCCUCGAAGCAUGGAUCUACAGGAGCUGGCGAAUGCCUGCAUUUGUGCAAAAAGAACUAAGAUUUGUUACAAAGUACUUUCCACUGCCUGACCAAACUAUGUGUCCUCAGACUGGUUCAGUUUCCAAAAAGAUGUCCAAAGGGGAAGUCCAAAUGUCUGCUACUGUUGACAGGAGAUCUUGCUCUCCAGGUGAAACUCUGUCCAUAACUGCCCAUAUCAGCAACAUGUCUUCGAAAAAUGUUGCUCCCAAAGUCAGCAUACAGGAGAGAAUACAUUACCACACCAUCAGCAGCUCCGAACACAGUGACCUCAGUGUGAGCAAAGUGGUCGGGAACGCCAUCAAGCCAAACUCUGUGGAAAGUGUCUCCUGCCAGUUGAAGGUCCCCGAAAAGGCGUACACUGUCCAUAACUGUGAAAUCAUCUCUGUCCAGUAUUAUGUUAAGGUAUAUUUGGACAUCAGCUUUACCAUUGACCCAGCAGUGAUAUUUCCACUGGUCAUUGUUCCUGCCAGAGUGACUGGUCAGACCAUUGCUCCCCACCCAGCUGGUGCUGUGGGUGUCCCAAGCAACUGUGAUUUUCCCGCCCCUGCUUUCCCCUUCACAGCUCCUGCUUUACCUGUAGUCCCAGGCCCUUAUGGAUACCCAACACCAGAUCUGAUGCAACAUGGGCCCACUAGUGGCUACAAUAACGCAUAUCCGCAGCCGGUUGCUUCAUAUGGCUUUGCAUCAGCGGUUUUCCCUCCAUCUGUAGUGCAGCCUCAAGCACCCUUUGCUCCACCUUUUAUUCAACAUGGGGAACAACCGCCAUCGCACAUGCCCAUUUUCCAACCCGCCAACAGCAGCAAGUCAGAUGAGCUUUAAGUUUGUGGGCCGUUAAUGUUUUUAAUUCUUACUUAUUUUUCUCCUCCUGAAGGACUGCACGAGAAGCAAGAACAUUUGACAAAGCAUGCUAUUACUUUUCUAAUAUAAUAUCUUUGUUUUUAAUCAUUUUUUACAUUUAUUUAAUUAAUCAACACCGAAGUUGGUACAAAGGCUUAGAUGCGUGACAUACUGUAGUCCCUUUUAUUCUCAUGGGAAGUUUCCAAUAUAUUUUUUGUCUCCUGAUACACAAAAGCAGGUGUAAGUUAUUGUAUAUACCGUAAUUGUGUAUAAAGUACCGUAUUGACCCAAAUAUAAGACCACUUUUUGGAAAAAAUAUUUAGUAAGACAAAAUGAAAGACAAAAGUAAACUCCUUUCAACCAGAUUUGUAAUAUCACUGGUAUAACAAGUAGUAGAUGUUUAGCUGUUUGACAGUUGUUGAUGACGAGCUUGCCCAACCUUUGAGACACUUUUUUUGAGCAGGUCACUUGUGUGCGUGAGUGACAGGAAGAAAAGCUCCUUGGGGAGAAAUCAUGUGAUGCCACCUGCUGGUUUCCACGUAUAACUCUCUAGACUCCAAGUAUAAGACAA